GUUCCGGGUUUCCUGGGCUACUAGGAUGGCGAUGAGUUUCGAGUGGCCGUGGCAAUAUCGCUUCCCGCCCUUCUUUACGUGAGGUUGCAGCCGAACGUGGACACUCGGCAGAAGCAGCUGGCCGCCUGGUGCUCGCUGGUCCUGUCCUUCUGCCGCCUGCACAGACAGUCCAGCAUGACGGUGAUGGAAGCUCAGGAGAGCCCGCUCUUCAACAACGUGAAGCUACAGCGUAUCCUCCCUCAGGCUCUUCCACAGCCCACACACAUGCACUUCCACACUUUCCCACAUGCCCAGGCUUCACACUCCUCUUCACCCACAGAAGGGAACCUCGAGUGGUUGGAUAAGAACAAGUCUAGCUUCCUGAUCAUGUGGCGGAGACCGGAAGAGUGGGGGAAGCUCAUUUAUCAGUGGGUUUCCAGGAGUGGCCAGAACAACUCCGUGUUCACCCUGUAUGAACUGACCAAUGGGGAAGACACAGAGGAUGAGGAGUUCCAUGGGCUGGAUGAAGCAACCCUGCUGCGGGCUCUGCAGGCCCUACAGCAGGAGCACAAGGCCGAGAUCAUCACUGUCAGCGACGGCCGAGGUGUCAAGUUCUUCUAGCAGAGACCUGUUUCCCUUUACUUCUUACCUCCCACCUUUCCAGGGCUCUCAAAGGGAGACAGACCAAGUGUCCCCACAGACUGGAUCUGUGACUCCACCAGACUCAAAAGGGCUCCAGUCCGGGGGUGGGUUUCCCACUUAUCCCAUGUGUCUGUCCCUGGGGUAGGGUGAGGCUGAGGUGCCAGGGAGAAAAGAUGUGCUUCUCCUUGCCCCGCCUCCUCUCCUGAGCCGGGGGUCUGUAAACCUAGCACGUCAUUUGUGUCACACACGUAAGAACAUACACACAUGCGCCUGCACAAGCUUCUGUCUCUCCCCCCCCCCCCCCCCCUUUAGCUGCUGCUGCCUCCUCUCUCAGGCUGGUGCUGGGUCCUUCCUAGGGGAUGGGCGAAGCCCUGGCUGCAGGCAGCCCUCCAGGCAAUGUGAAGAUAGGAGGCCCAGGAAGGGGCCUGGCAAUGAGAAGUGGGGCCCGACAACUGAUUUAUGAUAUUAAAAAGCUUAACCCCA